AUGGAUGCAGCUAAAAAAGAAAUGAGGGGAAGGGCUGUUCAAGUGUUUAGUAGAUGGAUGUACGAUGCUGGGAUUCCAUUUAAUGCUGUGAACUAUGAUAGUUUCCCUAUUAUGGUGGAGGCACUUGGGCAGUUUGGACAUGGUAUGAAACCUCCUAGUUAUCAUGAGGCACGAGUUACUUAUUUGAGGAAAGAGGUUGGACAUACACAUGAGCUAUUGCGACGCCAUCAAGAAGAUUGUGUACGAUAUAAUUGUUCUCUAAUGACAGAUGGAUGGACGUCGAGGAAUGGGAAAAGCUUAAUCAAUUUUCUUGUUAAUUGUCCAAGAGGUAGUGCAUUCAUUGAAUCAAUUGAUGCUAGUUCUUUCUCCAAGAAUACUGUGAAAAUGUUUGAACUUUUUUGCAAGUACAUCGAGAUUAUUCGACCACAUAAUGUGAUCCAAGUGGUCACUGAUAAUGCAUCCGAAAAUGCUCUUGCAGUUUCAGAUCAAUAUCUUGUAAUGAUUAAGUGUUACGAUUCAUCUCAUAUUGCUUAUCAAUCUGCAGACUCUUCUAGGGUGGAGACACAAGAUGGAGGUGAUGCCAAAGUGGAAGUUUCACCACGUGAUGUUGUUUAUACACAGCCAGCCGAGUUUAAAAACGGAGAAGAACCUGAGAUCUUGCAUACACUUGAUCUUCGCUACGGUGGUAUCUCCUGGUGUGAUGACUCCCUUGCCUUGGUAUAUGAGUCUUGGUAUAAAACUCGUCGGACAAAAACCUGGGUCAUUUCUCCAGGCCGUAAGGGUGCAAGCCCACGAAUAUUGUUUGAUAGAUCGUCAGAAGAUGUCUACUCUGAUCCAGGAUCUCCAAUGAUGCGAAGAACACAGGAAGGAACCUAUGUUAUUGCCAAAAUAAAAAACCAAGAUGAAGGGACUUACAUAUUGCUAAAUGGAAGUGGUGCAACACCAGAUGGGAAUAUUCCAUUCCUAGAUUUAUUUGAUAUACACACAGGAAAUAAAGAACGAAUAUGGGAAAGUGACAAAGAAAAAUAUUAUGAAACAGUUGUUGCAUUGAUGUCGGAUUAUGGUGAGGAUGAGUUAAACAUCGAGCAACUGAAGAUACUUACUUCCAAAGAAUCAAAAACUGAAAACACGCAAUACUUCAUACAAAGCUGGCCGGACAAGAAAGCUGUUCAAAUUACAAAAUUUCCCCACCCAUAUCCACAACUAGCUCAGUUACAGAAGGAGAUGGUGAGAUAUCAGAGGAAGGAUGGCGUUCAACUUACUGCAACGCUUUAUUUGCCUCCCGGUUACAGCCCAUCAGAUGGGCCUCUCCCAUGUUUAGUCUGGUCUUAUCCUGGGGAAUUCAAAAGCAAAGAUGCAGCAGGGCAAGUUCGUGGCUCUCCAAAUGAGUUUGCAGGCAUAGGAUCCACUUCAGCUCUUCUAUGGUUGGCUAGAGGCUUUGCUAUAUUGUCUGGUCCUACCAUUCCUAUCAUUGGCGAAGGUGAUGAAGAGGCAAAUGAUCGGUAUGUAGAACAGUUGGUUUCAAGUGCAGAGGCUGCCGUUGAGGAAGUUAUACGGAGAGGGGUGGCUCAUCCAAACAAAAUUGCUGUUGGAGGUCAUUCAUAUGGGGCAUUCAUGACAGCUAAUCUUCUUGCCCAUGCCCCCCAUCUUUUCUGCUGUGGAAUUGCUCGGUCUGGGGCAUACAAUAGGACACUCACCCCUUAUGGAUUUCAGAAUGAAGACAGAACGUUGUGGGAGGCUAUCAACACAUAUGUUGAGAUGAGCCCUUUCAUGUCAGCAAACAAAAUCAAGAAGCCACUUUUGCUAAUCCAUGGAGAAGAGGAUAAUAAUUCAGGAACACUGACAAUGCAGUCAGAUCGCUUCUUUAAUGCGUUAAAGGGCCAUGGAACACUCUGUCGUUUGGUGAUUCUACCAUUUGAGAGUCAUGGUUAUUCGGCUAGAGAAAGCAUCAUGCAUGUUCUUUGGGAGACUGAUAGGUGGCUACAGAAGUACUGUAUAGAUGCACCUGACAAAUUAGCUGAACUACAUGAUUCCAAAACUGAAGCUCCAAAAACUCCCCAACCAACUGGUGGAUUGACUGCCACUGAAGCACAGGAAGAUGAUGGAUCUAAUCACACAAUGAGGUCUCUAUUAUGAUGUUUAAAUGAAAACCAAAUGAAUGGAAGCUGCCAAAAGAUAGCAAUAAUGAGCACAACGACUGCAAAAAUAAACAGCUUCUUGAAGCAUCAAUAUUCAUAUUUUUUGGAAGAAGCCAUAGAUAUCUUUCAAGUUCAGGACAUCAGGAGCUUAAUUCUGUGCAGGUAUUCCAGCUAUGUAUGCCAUGUUUAAUGAAGAUGCCACUCCAUUGAUGUUCUCUCUUGAUACUGAUUCGUGUGGUGUUCAAUUAUUUAUGGCUACUAUGUUAUGAUUCUAUUGAGGGGUCAAUAAGCUUUUCAUAUGGUUUGAUUGCUGUUAUUUUUGAACUUCUAUAAUGUUUUCUUUGACUCCUAAGUAUUUUAUCAAUUAUGCAUUGUCUUUUUCUC